GUUGAACCUAAAAAUAGGUUGCAGUACACCCUUCCUUUCUUUUUUUCGCCUUCUGAAUGGACUUCGUAGUCCAUUGAUGAUCGUGUUUGAACCGGUUAGGAAGACUUAGUGUAGAGAGGGUGCAUUUUCUUGUUUUAUUGGAUAAGUAUUGGAAAAUACGGCCGACGAAUUUCUUUAAAGGUUUUGUUCAUCAAAUAGUAGGUUCUGCAGUAGCAUUUUUCGAAGAAAGCGUACCUGGCGCGUGCAUGAAAAUUCAUCGGGAAGUUUCAUGGUGAUCUAGUCUUACAACAAGUGUGACCUUAUAACAGUGACCCCGUCGCUGUAUUUUCAACCGCUAAUCAAAAUUUAGCCAGCAAUUCUAUGAUUCUAUCUGUAGUAAAAAUAAACCUCGAUGUACCCCUGUAAGUGAUGAGCGAGUUGGCUUUUAGCGCGAGGAAAUUGGAAUAUUAGCGAAAAAUUACUAUCGUUCUAAACCUCAUCACACUUAAGGCACUUGACAUUGCUCAUACUAGUGGUAUGAUGAAUGCGUGUUAAAUGUGAACCUCGUAAUGGUCCUGCUCACCGUAGAAUCUCUGUGGCUUAGAGGUAGAGCAGCGAGCGCGAAAUAUGAGGGUCUGAGGCUCGAUUCUUCGUGAGGACGUAGACUUUUCUUUGCCUUAACCUCCGGGCAAGAUGAAAAAACAUCUUUCUCUAUUUCUACACCGAGUUAAAAAAAUUACCAACUUUCGUGUUCUAACUUCACAAUCUUUUUUAUUGCAGAAAGACGCAAAAUAUGAUCCAGAACUGGAAGCUCAAAUAAGAACCUGGAUCAAUGCAGUUCUUGGUGGAGAAGUUCUUAAACCAGAGCCUGAUCAAAAAGAUUUCCAUGAAUCAUUGAAGAGUGGGGAUAUUCUUGUCGAGUAUGUUUGAAAGGAUCCUAUUCAUUUCAGUUUUUAGCAGUUGUGCUCUUCUCUGAUUUCCAAAAUGUCUUUUUCAUUCGCAAUGGAUUAUUCGUUGUAGGCCCUUCGAGAAGUUGAACGCGGGAAGUGGUUAAUUCUCAGAGAUUGAUCGGAAAAAAAAGCGCUGCACACCGUCUUUUGGUGGUUUUUCGCUGAAAAGUGAAACCAGCUGAUGAAAGUGUACCAUUUUAAGAAGUGAAGUAGUUUAUAUUUGGUAACAGCCCCAAUGGACAGUCCAUUGCGAGACAAUCAACGGAAAAUUUGUUUUAAUCGCUUUUUCUUUUUUUAUAUAUCAUUUGCAGUCUGGCAAACGCGCUUGGUGGAAAAAUAAAGAAGAAUCCAAGCAAGAUGGCUUUCAAAAUGGUAAGUUUGUGAGAAAGUGAGAAUUAAAUUUCUCCGUCUGGGCAGGUUCUUUUUUGAGCAUUUCACGAGGAGAAACUUGCAAAUCUGAGCGCCUUUUGUUCUACACACAAGAAACUCUGGUCGUGAAAAGUAGAAUUGUAUCGUGCUAUAUUAUUUAUGUGAAACUCGUCCAGAUUUAACGGGAAGACGGUGGUUUGCCUCAGUUUAAGGGGAGGCUAGGAAUCUACCUCACUGACUGUAUAUGCUUUCCUUUGUAGAUGGAGAAAAUUGGACUAUUUCUGACUUUCUGUGAUGAACUAGGAGUUCCUAAAAGUGAUAUAUUCCAGACUGUGGACUUGUAUGAAGGACAGAAUAUUCCUCAAGUAUGUCAUCUCAAUUGUGAGGUUUUAUGUGGAACAUGGUUUUAAGUUACGUUCUGUGCACUUAAUAAGUGUGCUGUGUUCUCAUUACUUGCCCGUGUGAUAAGUGAGCAAUUAACAAUUUGUAACUGUAUAAAUGUUUGCUUAUUUUUUUUUUUCAUUAGGUCAUCAGUGGACUGCAUGCUUUUGCGCGGAAGGUAGGCCUAGAAUACCUUUAUUAUUAUUAUCAUAAUUAUUAGUAAUGGUAAUAGGAGUGAGUGGAGUCCAAUUCGGUCUGUAAUCGUGCGAGUGGUAGCAACAUCGGACGAGUGCGAAGCAGUCUCCUUUUCUAAGUUCAAAAUUAAUGAAGAAGAAACAUGACGAUGAUAAAUCUUUUUUAUGUAGUAUGUAAAAAGACCAGUGUUAGCUAAUAAGGCAUGUAGGAUUUGGAUUUCAAAAAAAAGUUUAAGCUCUGAUUAUCACCAACUACAGUAUUAUUGUUAUUAUUACUAUUAUUAUUUUUAUUAUGAUCAUUAUGAUCAUCAUAGUCACCAACAGUUCCUUACUUGCAUUUUUCUCUAAUGUAAAAUUACUCAGGCUCACUCGACAGGAAAACCAGUCCCUGCGUUAGGACCCAAAGAAGCGACAGCAAACAAGCGCGAAUUCACAGAGGAGCAACUCAAGGAAGGACAGAAUGUGAUCGGGCUCCAGAUGGGUAGCAACAAAGGUGCCUCGCAGUCGGGAGACCAUUUUGGCCGUCCCAGACAGGUGGCCGGGGCAAAUGUCUACAAAUGAGGUCCACAACUUGUGUGUGUUCUUCAGAACAUAAAUUUGUCGUGGUUCAUGACAAGGUUGUAAUUUGUGGGAAGAACAAGAUUCGGUAUUUCGUGCAUAAGAUAUAUGUAGUAUAUUUAUACAUUGAUUCUGUAAUCGUUUCCACUUUGAUCAUUUGAUACUCCGGGUACUUAAUUGUUGGCGUUGAAGAACUUUCUAGAAUGAUUUAGUUUUGGACAAAUAAAUUGCUUGGAUUUGUCAGUGUUUUAAAUUAUUUUCUCCUGUUUUUGCAGGGGUUAUCGAGUAACCUUUCGUAGUAUGAAAAACGUGACAGGGAAUUAAAAUCAAUGUUUUCUAAGAUAUGAAAAGAAUAAAGAAAAUCUUGUUCAAAAUUUUUAACGAGAUAUACGAGUG